AUGAUGGCCUCCAAGAUGAUUCAGAUGGCCUUCCGCACGAACAAGACGGCGAUUCUCUCCAAUAUUCAGAAGUCUGCCCGGUUCUCCACCUCGAGACAGCUUCUGAAUGCCACCGAGGCUGCUCUUCCAUCCCAAGGCCUAGGCACCUUUCGAGGAGGUGUCUUUGGAUUCCUUGCUGGCUCGACUCUUGCUGGCGCCUCCGUUUACUACUACAUCCUGAAAGAAUUCCGCCUAUCCAACGAGACCCUGAAGGGAGACAUUUACGUACGUUACUGCAUUUGA